AUUUGAUCCUUAUACCAAGUACGUACCCCUUGAUUGGUUGUGUAUUAAAAUGUUUACCCCUUGGUUAUAUGUCAGAACGUCAAAAUGACAGAAGCAUGCUAAACUUUUUGACAGAAGAUGUUUCGAUAAUAUAAUGGAGGAUGGGCGUGCAGUAGAAAAUGUAGAUAAUAAAGUGCGCAUUUUGAUAAUAGGCGCUGGUAUGGCUGGAUUAUCGGCUGCUAAUCAUUUAAUUAAAAAUGGUAUAACUGACUUCAAAGUACUCGAAGCUAGAAGUAGGAUUGGAGGCCGAAUUAUUGGAAUUAAUGUAGGUAAUCAACCAAUUGAGCUUGGGGCAAACUGGAUACAUGGGGUGCUAGGAAAUCCUAUGUAUGAACUUGCUAUGGCAAACGGUCUCAUUAAUAUUAUAAACAUACCAAAACCACAUAAAGUUAUUGCUGUCACAAAAGAUGGUAAACAGGUUGCAUUUGAUGUUCUUCAAGAAAUUUAUGAAGCCUAUGUUUGUUUCCUCAGACGUUGUGAGGAAUAUUUUUUAAGUCAAUAUUUACCCCCUCCUGAUAUAAAUAGUGUUGGAGAACAUAUCAGUUUGGAAACUGCAAUGUAUUUAAAUGAAAUACCAAACUUAGAAGAUAGAAAAUUAAGACAAUUGAUAUUUGAUUGUUUAUUAAAACGAGAAACCUGCAUCACUGGAUGUCAUUCAAUGCAUGAAAUAGAUUUAUUGGAAUUGGGUAGUUACACUGAAUUACAAGGGGGUAAUAUUGUUCUCCCAGGAGGAUACAGCACUAUAUUAGGGCCAGUUUCAAAACAUAUUCCUAAGGAUAAUAUUUUACUUAAUACACCAGUUUCAUUUAUUAAAUGGGCUGAUAAACCCAUAGAAGAAUAUGAUGAAGACACUGGUGAUGAAUCUGAUCACUCAGGCAAAACAGUUAUUUGUGAAAAUGAAUCAUCAUUGCAUAUGCUUCCUGUGGAAGUAACUUGUGAAGAUGGGCAAAGAUUUGUUGCUGAUCAUGUUAUAUGUACUAUACCUUUAGGAGUUUUGAAGGAAUCUGCUGAUACAAUGUUUUCACCUAAAUUACCUUUAUAUAAACAUGAGGCAAUUGAACGCUUAUUAUAUGGAACUGUAGAUAAAAUAUUUUUAGAAUAUGAUAGACCAUUUCUUAAUCCAAAUAUAUCUGAAGUAAUGUUAUUAUGGGACGAUGACAGCAAUGAUAGUGAAAGCGAUAUGAAAAACAAUUGGUUCAAGAAAAUUUAUUCAUUCUCAAAAUUAUCGGAAACAGUGUUAUUAGGCUGGAUUUCUGGAAAGGAGGCAGAAUUUAUGGAAACACUGCCAAACAAUGUAAUUGCAGAACAGUGUACAAAGAUUCUUAGGUGCUUUUUAAAUGAUCCUUUUGUACCAAAGCCAAAGCAGUGUAUAUGCACCAGUUGGCAUAAACAACCUUACAGCAGAGGAUCAUAUACUGCAAUGGCAGUCGGAGCUUGUCAACUGGAUAUAGAAAAUUUAGCUCAACCCUUGUAUGCUAAUCCUAAACACGCCUUGCCUGUGUUACUUUUUGCUGGAGAACAUACUCAUAGUAAUUUUUAUUCAACGGUACAUGGGGCCUAUUUAAGUGGUCGAAGUGCUGCUCAAAUGCUUAUAUCCUCACAUAAGCCUCAAGAGAUAGUGAUGGAAUGUAGUGAAACAAAUGAUCUAAGUUCCUGGAUACAAGGAAUUUCAUUAGAAGAUCCAUAAUGAAAUUUAGAGAUAAAUAUUUUUUGGACAAGAAGGAAAAAUAAAAUUUGUGCACGCUUAGAAACAUUUAUAAAUAUACACAUGGGAAGAUAUAUAUAUAUGUAUGUGUCUUUAUGUAUAUGAUUAAAAGGUAAGGUUACCAUUUCAAAUUUUGCA